AUGGACUACUCCUACCUCAACUCCUACGAGUCCUGCGUGGCCGCCAUGGAGGCGAGCUACGAGUUCAGCCCCUGCAGCCAGGCGAGCUCCUUCCAGUACAGCCCUAUGCGGGGGGGCUUCGGGCCCGCGCCCGCCUGCGCCCCCCUCGCCUCCGCCAGCUGCGCCCUGGGCGCCCUCCGCGACCACCAGCCCUCGCCCUACUCGGCAGUUCCCUACAAAUUCUUUUCGGACCCUUCGGGGAUCAACGAGAAGCGGAAGCAGCGGCGUAUCCGGACGACUUUCACCAGCUCCCAGCUGAAGGAGCUGGAGAGGGUCUUUGCCGAGACCCACUACCCUGACAUCUACACCCGCGAGGAGCUGGCCCUCAAGAUCGACCUCACGGAGGCCCGGGUGCAGGUGUGGUUCCAGAACCGUCGAGCCAAAUUCCGCAAGCAAGAGCGUGCGGCCAAUGCCAAGGGUGCCAGCGGCACCGGCACCACUGGGAAGAAGUCGGAGCCGCGCUCUUCCUCGGAAGAUGACGAAUCCAAGGAAUCCAACUGCAGCCCGACGCCGGACAGCACGGCGUCCCUGCCUGCCGCUGCCAUUGGCAGCCCCGGCGGCAGCCUGAGCCCCAGCCCUGGCGCGGGGGCACCCAUGGGACCCGGCCAUGCCCCCCAGCCCCUCAAGGCGCCCCUCUGGGCAGGGGUGGGAGGUGGCAGCGGUGCCCCCAACGCGGCCGAGCUGCUGAAAGCCUGGCAGCCCACUGAGGCUGUGCCGGGACCCUUCUCUGGUGUCCUCUCCUCCUUCCAUCGGAAACCCAACGGCAUCAAAACAAACCUCUUCUGA